AAAAUGACUUCCUCAUAAUGUGGUUGUUCUCCCAGGGCAGUACGGGCCGUGGUGGGGCCCCCAGGCAGCAGUGGAGGAGGAUCCUGUGGUCAUGUCGGGACACCUUCAGGGUUCAGAUCGGACGUCUCUUGGUGCACACCCUCUCCCCUGCAUUACCCCUCAGGGACAGGAAGGAGGCUCUAGAGUUUGUGUUCGACCCUGCAAACCCUGACUUCCUCAAGGAGAGCCUCAGCCCCGGUUUAGAGCAUGGUCCCAAGCUAGCCAUGUAUCUGUAUGAGAUGCUCCAUGACCAUAAAGAUGCUCUGACCAAGAGGAGCAGAGUACUCUGGGCAAUUUCAUGGCGUCACUGAAGUUGUGGGGUCAUCGCUGCAUCCGC